GGACAAUUGGAUGAUGAUGGUCUGCCUCAUGGCUUCUGCACUGUCAGUUACAGCUCCACAGAUCGCUUUGAGGGGCACUUUGUACAUGGCGAAAAAAAACGGACGUGUGGCAAGUUCUUCUUCUUUGAUGGAAGUACUUUGGAGGGUUUUUAUGUUGACGAUGCUUUACAAGGACAAGGAGUGUAUACAUAUGAGGAUGGAGGUGUCCUACAUGGCACAUAUGCUGAUGGGGAGCUGAAUGGACCAGCACAGGAGUUUGAUACGGAUGGAAGGUUGAUAUUCAAAGGUCAAUAUAAAGACAACAUUCGACAUGGCAUCUGCUGGAUUUACUACCCAGAUGGAGGCAGCCUUGUGGGAGAGGUGAAUGAAGAUGGGGAAAUGUCUGGGAAUAAGAUUGCCUAUGUCUAUCCUGAUGGACAUACAGCCCUGUAUGGGAAAUUCAUUGAUGGAGAAAUGCUGGAAGGAAAGCUGGCUUCUGUUGCAUCUGUUGAAGAAGGAUGGCCACAUUUUGAAAUUGUCCAGAAUGGUAAAGUUUAUUCUUUUGAUAAAUCAACUUCAUCCUGUAUUUCCACUAGUCCAUUGCUUCCUGACCCCUAUGAAUAUGAAAGAGUGUAUGUAGCAGACUCACUUCUUGCUGGAGAAGGUCUCUUUGCUAAAAUAGCUGUUGGCUCCAAUACUGUGAUGUCCUUUUACAAUGGUGUUCGAAUUACACAUCAAGAGGUCGAUAGCAGAGAUUGGUCUUUGAAUGGCAAUACAAUUUCUUUAGAUGAAGAAACUGUAAUUGAUGUACCAGAACCCUUCAAUACGAUUACUAAAUAUUGUGCCUCUCUAGGACACAAAGCCAACCACUCCUUCUCCCCCCAACUGUAUGUAUGACCUGUUUGUCCACCCAAGAUUUGGACCCAUUAAGUGUAUUCGAACCAUUGCAGCUGUGGAGAAGGAUGAAGAACUUACUGUGGCCUAUGGCUACGACCACAAUGCUACAGGGAAAAAUGUUCCUGAGGCACCAGAAUGGUACCAGCAGCAGUUGAAGGCAUUUCAGGUGUCUCAGCAGAAUUGA